CAUUUGCAGACGGGAACUCCAAACUAACAUGGCAGUCAGACUGUGCGACGUGGCUUCUCUGCUUAGAAGUGGUUCGUGGGCGGCAGAGCCUUGGACUGGGGUUGGUGGUACUUCUUCUUCUUCAAUUCAUUUGGCCAAUCAUGCUCAUCGUCUCAGGCCAUACCAAUGUUGGCCAAUCAUGCUCAUCGUCUCAGGCCAUACCAAUGACUAGCUCUCACCAUGUUUGGACAUUUUUGUUUUAUUUUUUAUUUUAUUUUUUUAUAAGUCUGUGUUCAAUAUUAGGCUAAUUUAUGGUGCUUUUUUGUUUUACGAGAAACUGAGUAGUCUGUCCAUUUGGUAUGGUCUAAAACUGUGUUUUGUAAUGACUGUCUGAAUGUAGUAUAGCAUUUGAAAUACCUGUUGGGAGAUCCAUCAAUUUUACUUUUCUAGGAUAAAUAUCGGAUGUUGUCCUUACAUAUCCUAUCCCCUUUUUGUUUUGUAGUGACAUUAUUCUCACGGUUGUCAGUGGUGGAAAAAGGACCCAAUGGUCAUAAAAGUAAAGUUACCUUAAUAGGAAAUGACUCGAGUGAAAGUCACCCAGAAAAAUCCAACUUGAGUAAAAGUUUUAAAUAUACUUAAGUAUUAAAAGUAUAAAUAAUUUCAAAUUCCUUAUAUUAAGCAAACCAGACAGCACCAUUUUCUUGUUUUGUUUAAUUUACGGAUAGCCAGGGGCACACUCCAACACUCAGACAUCAUUUACAAAUGAAGCAUGUGUUUAGUGAGUCCACCAGAUCAGAGGCAGUAGGGAUGACCAGGGAUGUUCUCAUGAUAAGUGUGUGAAUUAGACCAUUUUCCUGUCCUGCUAAGCAUUCAAAAUGUAACAAAUAAAUGGAGUAGAAAGUACAUGAUUUUCUUUAGGAAUGUAGUGAAGUAAAAGUUGUCAAAUGUAAAUAGUAAAGUACAGAUACAAAAAAAAACUGACUUAAGUAGUAUAAAGUAUUUAUACUUAAGUACUUUACACCACUGAUUGUAGCUGUAUUUGUAUUCACAACACAUGUUACUGACUUGAAUGAUGGAGAUGGCCUACUGAAUUUAACUGUCAGUUAGGGCUGGGAAUUACCAAGGACAUCACGAUACUUAGGUGCCGAUAGGAUAUGUAUUGCGAUUCUCACGAUUCUAUAUGUAUUGUGAUUUCAAUAUUGCGAUUUGAUGUUCCAAACAUAUUGCUCACUAGGUCUGCUGCAGAGAGACGUGUGAGAAUGCGCUUUGAUCGGUCAUGGAAAUAAAAACAGAAAAUGAAAACAUGUUGGCUCUCUAUUUACAAAGAAGAUGGAGAACAAGCUAUAGGAUGAAAAAGAACGGUGUUUUGGCGAAGCUACUGCCAACUAGCGCAGGCUAACGCAACCUAGCAAAAAAACACAAACAAAUCGAUCCUUGGAGUUAAAGUAGCAAUAUUUCGGCCAAAAUAAUAUCACGAUAUGCAACUAUUGAUUUCCCCCAUCACUGUGUGUAUAUACAGCUCUGGAAAAAAUUAAGAGACCACUGCAAAUUUCUUAAAUCAGCAUCUCUACAUGUAUGACUUCCAUUCCAGUGUCUGUUGAAUUCCAACACAGGCACACCUCAUUCUACUGAAUUAGGUACUGAUUAGGUGAUCACCUGAACCAAAUGUUAUUUAACGAGGAAAAAGUAUAAAAACCACCACUGUGGUCAUCACUAUCCUCUUGCAAUAGGACCAGCUGGAUGGCAAAAACAGUGCUAAUAUUACCUCAAAAGUAAUAUUAAUCAAAAAAUAACUAUUGACCAUGCCAAACGAGUUGAAAAGGAAAGUUUUGAGUGAGGAAAAGAAGGGUUCAAUUCUGGCUUUACUGGCAGAGGGAUACAGUGAGCGUCAGGUUGCUUCCAUCCUUAAAAUUUCAAAGAUGGCGGUUCAUAAGAACAAGGUCAAGCAGCAGACAUUGGGGACAACAAAGCUACAGACCGGCAGAGGGCGAAAACGACUCUACUGACCGGGAUGACCGCCAACUCAUUCGAAUGUCACUCAACAACCGUAGGAUGACAUCAAGUGACCUACAAAAAUAAUGGCAAACGGCAGCUGGGGUGAAGUGCACGGCGAGGACGGUUCGAAACAGGCUCCUAGGGACAGGGCUGAAGUUGUGCAAAGCUAGAAAAAAGCCCUUCAUCAAUGAGAAGCAAAGAAGAGCCAGGCUGAGGUUUGCAAAAGACCAUAAGGAUUGGACUGGAGUACGGUCAUCUUCUCUGAGUCCAAUUUUCAGCUUUGCCCAACACCUGGUCGUCUAAUGGUUAGACGGAGACCUGAGAGGCCUUCAAGCCACAGUGUCUCGCACCCACUGUGAAAUUUAGUGGAGGAUCGGUGAUGAUCUGGGGGUGCUUCAGCAAGGCUGGAAUCGGGCAGAUGUCUUUGAACAUGAACUUAUUUUCUUUGCAUUAUUCGAGGUCUGACAACACUGCAUAUUUUUUGUUAUUUUGACCAGUUGUCAUUUUCUUCAAAUAAAUGCUCUAAAUGACAAUAUUUUUAUUUGGAAUUUGGGAGAAAUGUUGUCAGUAGGUUAUAGAAUAAAACAAAAAUGUUAUUUUUACCCAAACACAUACCUAUAAAUAGUAGAACCAUAGAAACGGAUCAUUUUGCAGUGGUCUCUUAUUUUUUUCCAGAGCUGUAUAUACGUGUGUGUGUAUAAUAAAUAUAUAUAUAUAUAUAUAUAUAUAUAUAUAUAUUAGUGCAUUCUGAAAAUAUUCAGACCCCUUCCACAUUUUGUUACGUUACAGCCUUAUGCUAAAAUGUAUUACAUUAUUUUUUCCCCCUCAACUUACACGCAAUACCCCAUACUGACAAAGCAAAAACAGGUUUUUAGAGGUUUUAUUUAUUUAAAAAAAUUAAAACGUACGUUAUUUACAUAAGUAUUCAGUAAUUGAGCACGGGUGCAUCCUGUUUCCAUUGAUCAUCCUUGAUGUUUCUACAUCUUGAUUGGAGUCCGCCUGUGGUAAAUUUAGAUUCAUUGGACAUGAUUUGUAAAGGCACACACCUGUCUAUAUAAGGUCCCACAGUUGACAGUGCAUGUCAGAGCAAAAACCAAGCCAUGAGGUCGAAGGAACUCCGAGACAGGAUUGUGUCGAGGCACAGAUCUGGGGAAGGGUACCAAAAAAUGUCUGCAGCAUUGAAGGUCCCCCAAGAACACAGUGGCCUCAAUCAUUCUUAAAUGGAAGACGUUUCAAACCACCAAGACUCUUCCUAGAGCUGGCCGUCUGGCCAAACUGAGCAAUCAAUGGAGGAGGGCCUUGGUCAGGGAGGCAAAGAACCCAAUGGUCACUCUGACAGAGCUCCAGAGUUCCUCUGUGGAGAUGGGAGAAACUUCCAGAAGGACAACCAUCUCUGCAGCACUCCACCAAUCAGGCCUUCACGGUACAAGAGCCACUCCUCUGUAAAAGGCACAUGACGGCCCCCUUGGAGUUUGCCAAAAGGCACCUAAAGGACUCUGACCACGAGAAACAAGAUUCUCUGGUCUAAUGAAACCAAGAUUGAACUCAUUGGCCUGAAUGCCAAGCAUCACAUCUGGAGGAAACCAGGCACCGCUCUUCAUCUACUGUCAACUGUGGGACCUUUUUAUAUACAGUCUUGGUUAAAGGUUUUGAGAAUGACACAAGUACUGGUCUUCACAAAGUUUGCUGCUUCAGUGUUUUUAGAUAUUUUUGUCAGAUGUAAUUAUACUUCAGUAUACCAUAGUAACAAGCAUUCCAUAAGUGUCAAAUGCUUUUAUUGACAAUUACAUUAAGUUUAUGCAAAGAGUCAAUAUUUGCAGUGUUGACCCUUCUUUUUCAAGACCUCUGCAAUCCGCCCUGGCAUGCUGUCAAUUAACUUCUGGGCCACAUCCUGACUGAUGGCAGCCCAUUCUUGCAUAAUCAAUGCUUGGAGUUUGUCAGGAUUUGUGGGUUUUUGUUUGUCCACCCGGCUCUUGAGGAUUGACCAAGUUCUCAAUGAGAUUAAGGUCUGGGGAGUUUCCUGGCCAUGGAUCCAAAAUGUCAAUGUUUUGUUCCCCGAGCCACUUAGUUAUCACUUUUGCCUUCGUCAUGCUGGAAAAGGCAUUGUUCGUCACCAAACUGUUCUUGGAUGGUUGGGAGAAGUUGCUCUCGGAGGAUGUGUUGGUACCAUUCUUUAUUCAUGGCUGUGUUCUUAGGAAAAAUUGUGAGUGAGCCCACUACCUUGGCUGAGAAGCAACCCCACACAUGAAUGUUCUCAGGAUGCUUUACUGUUGGCAUGACACAGGACUGAUGGUAGCGCUCACCUUGUCUUCUCCGGACAAGCUUUUUUCUGGAUGCCCCAAACAAUCGGAAAGGGGAUUCAUCAGAGAAAAUGACUUUACCCCAGUCCUCAGCAGUCCAAUCCCUGUACCUUUUGCAGAAUAUCAGUCUGUUCCUGAUGUUUUUCCUGGAGAGAAGUGGCUUCCUCGCUGCCCUUCUUGACACCAGGCCAUCCUCCAAAAGUCUUCGCCUCACUGUGCGAGCAGAUGCACUCACACCUGCCUGCUGCCAUUCCUGAGCAAGCUCUGCACUGGUGGUGCCCCGAUUCUGCAGCUGAAUCAACUUUAGGAGAUGGUCCUGGCGCUUGCUGUACUUUUUUGGGCGCCCUGAAGCCUUCUUACAUUUACAUUUUAGUCAUUUUAGCAGACGCUCUUAUCCAGAGCGACUUAGUUAGUGAGUGCACACAUCUCCACACUGGCCCCCCCGUGGGAAAACGAACCCACAACCCCGGCGCCGCAAGCGCCAUGCUCCACCAACCGAGAUACAGGGGUCCCAUGAUACCGACGUAAAAAUGUGCUUGCUAUAUAUCAGUCAUUAGAUUAAAACAAGUCCCUGUAACCUAGUCCUAGAUGGAUGAAAGGUCUUCAUAAAAUGACACUAAACAAAAAAAGCUGGGUAAGAAGGGUAAAAAGACUAAGAAGAGAAUACCCUCUUAAGACAAAAUACAUUUCAAGUAAGGCAGAAGAUAUAUUCUUCUCUCUCUACCACCGGCCAUUCCUGUCGAGAGGAGAAGUUAUUACAAAAUCAAAAAAACGUAAGAUGAAAAUUAAAUCAAAAACACUGAGGGGGAAAAAAACAACACUAAGCUUUGCUAAACCCCAUUUCUAUUUUGGUUCACGAGGAAAUGGCUACCGUCCCUAUCUCCAGCCUCCUUCACAACAAUUGAAUCUCUCUCCUUGAAGUUCUUGAUGAUCUGUUAAAUGGUUGAUUUUAGGUGCAAUCUUACUAGCAGCAAUAUCCUUGCCUGUGAAGCCCUUUUUGUGCAAAGCAAUGAUGACGGCACGUGUUUCCUUGCAGGUAACCAUGGUUAACAGAGGAAGAACAAUGAUUUCAAGCACCAUCCUCCUUUUUUUAAAGCUUCCAGUCUGUUAUUUUAACUCAAUCAGCAUGACAGAGUGAUGUCCUGCCUUGUCCUCGUCAACACUCUCACCUGUGUUAACGAGAGAAUCACUGACAUGAUGUCAGCUGGUCCUUUUGUGUCAGGGCUGAAAUGCAGUGGAAAUGUUUUUUUGGGGAUUAAGUUCAUUUUCAUGGCAAAGAGGGACUUUGCAAUUAAUUGCAAUUCAUCUGAUCACUCUUCAUAACAUUCUGGAGUAUAAUCAAAUUGCCAUCAUAAAAACAGAUAUAUAUAUUUGUGUCAUUCUCAAAACUUUUGACCACGACUGUAGACAGGUGUGUGCCUUUCCAAAUAAUUUCCAAUCAAUUGAAUUUACCACAGGUGGACUCCAAAUCAAGUUGUAGAAACAUCUCAAGGAUGAUCAAUGGAAACAGGAUGCACCUGAGCUCAAUAUCGAGUCUCAUAGCAAAGGGUCUGAAUACUUGUGUAAAGGUCUGUUUUUAUCUAAACCUGUUUUCCCUUUGUCGUUAUGGGGUAUUGUGUGUAGAUUGAAGAAUAUUUAUUGUAUUUAAUCAAUUUUAGAGUAAGGCUGUAAUGUUACAGCACAGGCAGCAGUUCUCCUGUGGAUGACUGUUAGUUUGCAUCUUGCUAUCUGCAAAACGCUAGUUAGUCUUAGCAAGCUGCACAUGUGCCUAAAAAAAAAUUGCGUAGCUAGCUCAAUUUACUGACUGAGAUGGGGGCAAAUCUGGUUAGUAAACUUUAACUCUAAUACUGUGGUGGUAUACCUUGAUCUGCAUGUUCUGAAUCAGACCGGAAUGUUUAGAUUCUUUGUCUGAAUAUUCAGGCGGCACAUCUUGCGCAGAAAUCUCUCUCGUUCCAAAAACCCCGGAACUGCAGCCACUGAAUUAUAUAAUGGGGAUACCGUAGCCUGAUCUGGGAGGGCUGUAUUUUCAGCUUUUCAAAGUUAUUUAUUCACUGUAGAUUUGUAGGUCUAAUAGUAAUAAUCUCGAAUACUCCGUGAUAACUAGCAUAUUGUUCAAUAGCCUAUUUAGAGUAGGAUAAUAAUAGAUUAUAAUAAGAUUUAUAAUAGGUUAAUUUAUAAUAGAUUCUUCUCACACUGAUAGGCUACACAUAAUUAUGUAUUCUGUUUUUGAUUUUUUUUUUCAAUUCAGGUCAGUCCAACUUUACGCUUCCCAAAAGUGAAAGGCUGUAAACUUGAUAAUAUGGUGUCAUAAAAUGUCCGUUUUUGAAUUCAAUCCCCUAUGUGAAGAGCAUCCUUUUUAACUAUCCAAUUUGUCAGCUUCCUGUUGGAUUUAUUAGCAUUAGCUGGGUAAAAAAUUAGUAUUUGAGUAUCUGGUAUUUUAAUAAUAAUAAAAAAAUUGGUCUGCGUAUAAAAAAACACAAGUGUUUUUAUUUGAGUAUUUUAAGGGUUAUUUGUAAAAACCAUAGUUUACCAAAUUGUAUUUGACAGUUUAAGUACUAUUUUAAAAUACCUGGGUUAAUGCACGGGCGUGUGUAUUUGAGUAUUUUUUUAAAUGCUUUCCAAGUGUGUUUCCAAAUUCAUUAAAAAUAUUAAACAACUUCUCUUUUCAAAUAAAAGAUAUCUGAAAACGUGAAUGUAUGUAGAAGUAAUUAAGAUGUUUGAAAUAGUAUUUGGACCCGGUCUGUUAGCAUUUUGACUUUACUUUUCUGUCUCUUUUAGCAGGUAAUUGCUGCCAUGGAAACACAGCUGUCCAAUGGGCCCACUUGCAACAACACAAGCAACGGUCCCUCAACAAUCUCAAACAACUGCUCCUCUCCGGUAGAGUCGGGGAGCAUGGAGGACAGUAAAACUAACUUGAUCGUGAACUACCUGCCUCAGAACAUGACCCAAGAAGAGCUCAAGAGUUUGUUUGGGAGCAUCGGGGAAAUAGAGUCCUGUAAAUUAGUUCGAGACAAAAUAACAGGUAAGGUAUGCAGAUGCCAUUUGAAUUGUUAAGAGGUGCUCAAUUGUAUUUCUUUUUUUCUUUUGUGAAGUUGUAAAAUGUAGAGUUUUUAUAUAUCAGUUGAGACCACAGCCAUGUUAUUGUUUUUGGGUGGAUGGAAUCAUUGGCAUUUGUCUCUCUUGCAUUCAUUCUUUCCCUCGCUAGCUUGACGCCAUUUAUUCUCCAGUGUCAUGAAUUAUGGAACUUUGUGCUUUUUAUCCCCAAUUAAAGCACGGAUCUUGCGUUUUAAGAUUAUAUUUAGUGAGGCGAAAAAGUCUCUGAGCAAAAUGUUAUAAUUAGAUUUGCAUCUCUUAAGUGAAAGUCAUUAUGAAACUUACCCAGCAGCAAACCCAGAUUGACUUACUCUAUAAAGGACUGAUUUUAAAUUGUUAAAUAUCACUGGUUUAACUUGUUCUUUUUAAAAACUGCUUGCUUGUGUCAUCCGCAAUGCCAAAGGAGGGCAACCCUUUGGGUAUCUGAACAUGGGGACAUUAGGUUUCCUUUGUGGAAAAAGGACAUUCCUUCCCAGGCUCACAUUUUACAGGAUUUUUGUAAGUCCAGACAUUUUACCUGAGGUGACAUUUUUCACUGUAAUAAUCCUGUAUUUGUUGAAAGGCUUUUCUAGGUAGAAAUCUGAAUGUCACCAUUUUAUAUCAGUGACUGUGGAUGUGUAAAGGAAGGGGAAAUGCUGCAGAUCUCAAGUAAAAGGCAUAAGCACACAUUGACAUGGCCUCUCGGACAUGAUUAGGUAGAUCACGUGUCAAACUCAUUCCACGGAGGGGCAGAGUGUCUGCGGUUUUUCGCUCCACCCUUGUACUUGAUUGAUUGAAUUAAAGGUCACCUGAUUAGUUAGGAACUCCCCUCACCUGGUUGUCUAGGUCUUAAUUGAAGUAAAAAAAUCAGCAGACACUAGACCCUCCAUGGAAAGAGUUUGACACCCCUGGGGUAGGUGAGGCCGAUGCUGCUGGAUCAUGACUGCUCAGUGUAUCAAGGUUACCUAGACCUCCCUCCAUCUGCUGGAUCAUGACUGCUCAGUGUAUCAAGGUUACCUAGACCUCCCUCCAUCUGCUCUCUGCUCUUCAUAACUCUCACUCACAGGGACUUGGUAGGGAGUCUGUAGCCAUAGUGAGAAUUGCAUCAGUUUCAUUUUGCAUUUGGCCCUGAAACAUUUACUAUGCCUCAGUAAAUGUGGUGUGGUGCCUUAUCCCAUUUGUAGACGCUGAAGGUCAUACGAAUGUUUUCCCCCAAUGGCAAGUGAAACCACUUGAAUUGACGCCUGUAUUUUUGUAGUCAUAAGCAAUGUUCCCUCAAAAGCAAUGUUCCCGAGACUGCCGCGCAGUUCCCCCGGGACUGCCUCGCAGAAGAAAUAUCAGCCCACAGAGAGAAGCAUGAGAUUUCAACUUUCUAGAAUUUUCCCUGUUAACACUACCAGCGUUUCCCUUUACUGUGGCAACUGUGAUCGAAUCAACACAAUAUUAGCCACUUUCAAUGAAACAUACCGAAAACAAAACGAACUAUGCAAGCGAUUUUGUUGUAGGCAGAACGCAUCUGAGUAGGAUUCUAUUGCUUUGACAGGCACGACUCAGCCCGUACUCUACAGAGGCCGGCGUGGCAUAGCCAAUCAGAGCUGCAGUAUGGAUCUGUGCCAGUCACUUUGAACUGGACUGUGUUUACAGCAUGAGCAGUCGUGAGUAGAUGCGCUUGUUUUGAGAUCAAAGCGAGAGCUGCAUGUAGCCAAGUCGGCACAUUUCUGUUCGUAUUAUUUUCUAGUUAGUGAGUUAUUAGCCCAGUUAUAGAUAAUUUAUAGUCAGCAAUAGGAGUGAUUGCUUCCUACAAGAGCACACAACGUGUACAUUUUCUAGAUGUCUUUGAAAGGGGUCGGGUAAAUAACUUUUUGUCUUAAAGGGGCUGUUGUAUUUUGAGACUGGCUUGAAUAAGCCAAGUAGCCAAUAGGCAGAGGGUAACAUAAUUUGUCUGAUUCUUUGUAAUAAUGGUAUGGGAAUAAUGCAUUUUAUUUUGUAAAGUGGUUUCUUGCAUCAGACAACAUUUUCAGUGACCUUGUCUCAAGGACAAGUGGAUAAACAAGGUAAUGUCAAGGGCUGCAUAUUUAUUUCAAAAGUCAUGUAAGGUACAUACAGUGGGGAGAACAAGUAUUUGAUACACUGCCGAUUUUGCAGGUUUUCCUACUUACAAAGCAUGUAGAGGUCUGUAAUUUUUAUCAUAGGUACACUUCAACUGUGAGAGACUGAAUCUAAAACAAAAAUCCAGAAAAUCACAUUAUGAUUUUUAAGUAAUUCAUUUGCAUUUUAUUGCAUGACAUAAGUAUUUGAUCACCUACCAACCAGUAAGAAUUCCGGCUCUCACAGACCUGUUAGUUUUUCUUUAAGAAGCCCUCCUGUUCUCCACUCAUUACCUGUAUUAACUGCACCUGCUUGAACUCGUUACCUGUAUAAAAGACACCUGUCCACACACUCAAUCAAACACUCCAACUUCUCCACAAUGGCCAAGACCAGAGAGCUGUGUAAGGACAUCAGGGAUAACAUUGUAGACCUGCACAAGGCUGGGAUGGGCUACAGGACAAUAGGCAAGCAGCUUGGUGAGAAGGCAACAACUCUUGGCACAAUUAUUAGAAAAUGGAAGAAGUUCAAGAUGACGGUCAAUCACCCUCGGUCUGGGGCUCCAUGCAAGAUCUCACCUCGUGGGGCAUCAAUGAUCAUGAGGAAGCCCAGAACUACACGGCAGGACCUGGUCAAUGACCUGAAGAAAGCUGGGACCACAGUCUCAAAGAAAACCAUUAGUAACACACUAUGCCGUCAUGGAUUAAAAUCCUGCAGCGCACGCAAGGUUCCCCUGCUCAAGCCAGCGCAUGUCCAGGCCCAUCUGAAGUUUGCCAAUGACCAUCUGGAUGAUCCAGAGGAGGAAUGGGAGAAGGUCAUGUGGUCUGAUGAGACAAAAAUAUAGCUUUUUGGUCUAAACUCCACUCGCCGUGUUUGGAGGAAGAAGGAUGAGUACAACCCCAAGAACACCAUCCCAACCGUGAAGCGUGGAGGUGGAAACAUCAUUCUUUUUGGGGAUGCUUUUCUGCAAAGGGGACAGGACGACUGCACCGUAUUGAGGGGAGGAUGGAUGGGGCCAUGUAUCGCGAGAUCUUGGCCAACAACCUCCUUCCCUCAGUAAGAGCAUUGAAGAUGGGUCGUGGCUGGGUCUUCCAGCAUGACAACGACCCGAAACACACAGCCAGGGCAACUAAGGAGUGGCUCCGUAAGAAGCAUCUCAAGGUCCUGGAGUGGCCUAGCCAGUCUCCAGACCUGAACCCAAUAGAAAAUCUUUGGAGGGAGCUGAAAGUCCGUAUUGCCCAGCGACAGCCCCGAAACCUGAAGGAUCUGGAGAAGGUCUGUAUGGAGGAGUGGGCCAAAAUCCCUGCUGCAGUGUGUGCAAACCUGGUCAAGACCUACAGGAAACGUAUGAUCUCUGUAAUUGCAAACAAAGGUUUCUGUACCAAAUAUUAAGUUCUGCUUUUCUGAUGUAUCAAAUACUUAUGUCAUGCAAUAAAAUGCAAAUGAAUUACUUAAAAAUCAUACAAUGUGAUUUUCUGGAUUUUUGUUUUAGAUUCCAUCUCUCACAGUUGAAGUGUACCUAUGAUAAAAAUUACAGACCUCUACAUGCUUUGUAAGUAGGAAAAUCGGCAGUGUAUCAAAUACUUGUUCUCCCCACUGUAGGUAUACAUUGAACACCACAUUGGCUGCUACUGUAGGCUGAAUGAUAGUGGUCCUAUUUCCAUGUUAAAAUGUUAUGGGAUGCACUUUCUCCAUUGUUUUUGAUGGUAGGCCACUGGUAGGCCUACAUUAUUGAAAUGGCCACAGUAGCGUCUACCGUUGCUUGCUAAAAUAAUGAUCGCACUGCCUCAAUUAAAAUAUUAUGGUGACACCUAUGCAUUUGGCAGCAAUGCACGAGUAUUCAGUUUAGCCUUUUUUAUAUUGUCUAGACAUGUUGAAUGUCUUCAUGCCUAGAAUAAAAUCAAUUAAAUGAAUAUAAAUUUACAGGGGGUAGUUUGGGGAAAAACUAAUCCAGUGUGAAUUGUCCUCAGGAUUAAGGCACGUGCUGGGUUAAUAAUUACACAACCGACGUCUAAUAGGGUUGUAGAUUGUCAAUGAUAUUGCUCUAUUCCCGGGGUAGCCAGUCUUCAUUUAAAUAGGCCUACCUGUAAAAAAUAUAAAAAUACAACCCUCCCUGCUGAAAUAUUAAUAGUGUUCAAUAUUUUACAAUGCUUAUGUAUAGCUCACCAGCUUUCAAAAGAAAGUAUACUGGCAGGCUCUGUGUAUGCUUCUCAGUAACUCCACCUAGUAAUGGUGUGUCCAAGUCUAAAAAUAUAAUGCUCUGAGUGUUUUUGAGCUAAAUGGAUCCAUGUCCCUACAUGCCCGGUACUACACUGUGCUCUGUCUCUCUGAGGGAUUCCCAUUCUCCCUGGGGAGAAAAAAAAGAGCCACUCGCCAUAAUAUACACAAUACGCAGCAAGGCUAACAACCUGUGAAAUUACUGUGCUCUGUGCCAUAUUCUGUUUGUUCCGUUUGAAAAAAGAAGUGACUCAUUUGCAUGUAAACUGGCUAUACAAUCUAGACUGUCUCACACGGGAUGACAUCUGGAUUAUGCUUUUCCUCCCACGAGAGAUGCAUAUGGAAACCGUAUGAAUGCAUAAUGGAUAGGGUUGGGACAAUACUAGCAUCGCAAUACUCGUUGUGGCAAGGAAAUAAAAACACAAAGCGGAUUAAACUUCUUUUUAGGAAAACAGCCCUAAUGUUUGAAACAUUGUCAUCGAGUCGCUAUUUUCCAACCUAUAUCACACAGUAUUUACAUACAGCAGCUUUUUAAAGGACCAAGGAGGUCGGUCUGUUUUCGUGGUUUCAUUUUUUUUUGUCAUGGAAAACAUAUUGCAAUUCUGGUAUUGUCCCAGCCCUGAUAAUGGACUAGGAUUGAAAAAUCUAAAUUGAGAUAUUUAGGAGCCUUUUCUUUUUAUUCUCAUGUCUUCUGAACAAAUCAGCAUUGAGUGGUGCUUGUUAUUUUUGAAGGACAGAUUAUUACUGGAAAUUGUCUGAGUGGUUAAACCGACAACUGUUAAAUCAUGUAACUAUGAGGAAGCUGUCUGUUAUGAUGGUUUGGACUAAGUGUGAUUGCCUGCUUUGGUAAGCUUUUAGCUGUUGGCAAGUGAGUUGGGUAUGGAUUGCUUUUAAAUCUUCAGACGAGCGUGAACAACAGGAAGAAGUGUCCCAUGCUGCUCGUGUUAGCUACCUCAGAUGUUGAGUAAUCACCAGACAUCCUGAGAGAUGAACCUUGAUGUCCUCUCUCUCCUCUAGCUUGCAGCCAUAUAAUUUACUCUGUGCUGGGUGCAAUCUCCCUGUUUUUAAAUGUGCAUCCCGUUGGCUCUCCUUCACUCCCCCCCCCAACGUCUGGGGAGCCAAUUAGGGUAUAGGCAGAUGUUUGAGGAGUCCAAUCUGAACAAAGGGACUAUCCAUAGGAAAGGGACUAUCCAUAGGAAAGGGACUAUCCAUAGGAAAGGGACUAUCCAUAGGAAAGGGCUAUCCAUAGGAAAGGGACUAUCCAUAGGAAAGGGACUAUCCAUAGGAAAGGGCUAUCCAUAGGAAAGGGCUAUCCAUAGGAAAGGGGCUAUCCAUAGGAAAGGGCUAUCCAUAGGAAAGGGGCUAUCCAUAGGAAAGGGACUAUCCAUAGGAAAGGGCUAUCCAUAGGAAAGGGCUAUCCAUAGGAAAGGGCUAUCCAUAGGAAAGGGGCUAUCCAUAGGAAAGGGCUAUCCAUAGGAAAGGGGCUAUCCAUAGGAAAGGGGCUAUCCAUAGGAAAGGGGCUAUCCAUAGGAAAGGGGCUAUCCAUAGGAAAGGGGCUAUCCAUAGGAAAGGGGCUAUCCAUAGGAAAGGGGCUAUCCAUAGGAAAGGGGCUAUCCAUAGGAAUAUGUGUAGUUUUCUCAAUAUAGCAGAAUACAGUCAGAGGAUUUGUUUGCCCUCCAGGCUCAAAUGGAAGUGUCAUCUCACCAGCUCAUUUCAAAGGCUCACUGUGUUUCUCCUGGCUAUAGCGCUCCCCGAGAUGCAAGGUGAAUUUCAGUUUAUCAACUGUUCUUCAUAGCGGCAGAGGAACCCGUGCAAGCAAUGAGUCACGGUGAUGGCCCACAUUGAGCCAGAAUGGGAGUGAAUCUCCCCCAUUUUUUUUAUAGCAUGUAAGAUGGCAGACUCUGUUUUGAAGAGAGGACUCUCGAAAACCAUCCCCUCGUUGAAUCUGCAUCCCUCAUUGAAGCAUUACGUGUGUACGUUUUGUGAAUUUAGUUUAAGGGGUAAUUUGUGCGCACUACCAUGGGAUUAGGAAAAUAUUCCCCCCCCCACCCCCCCAAGAUUUCAAUCUAAUCUCAUAUUUGGUUUCCAUAUCUUUAUUUAUUAAUAUCUUUAAUUCAUAUAUUUUUAAGUUGCUUGUGAACUUGACCACCAGUCGAAUUGCACAGAGACUAAAUGGAGUGGGUGGAGGAAAUUGAGUAGACAGUGUGCACAUAAGGAGUGGGUGUCAAUCUAUUGUAGAUUUUGGAAAUAAAUGAUAGAGGGGAACGCGUUCAACCUCGGCGCUCGUCUGUGUCAGAGAUGACUCACUUCGAAGCGGAGGAAUCGCCUGCCAUUGUUGACUUUAAGCCAUUUUGUCAAGAUGGGCCAAGAUUCUGGGCCUAAUAGCGGUUUCAAAUGCAGCCAGUUGGCAUGUGUGGAUUCCUGUUUUAGAAUAUCCUGUGGUUGAAUCCAUUGUGAUAGAAAGGCAUUGGAUAUCUACAAUAGAGGAAGUUCUGGGUAAAGGUCUAUGGCUGCAAGCUAGAGGAGAGAGAGAGAGAGGACGUCAAGGUUCAUCUCUCAGGAUGCCUUGUGAUUUACGCAACUUUCUGAGGUAGCUAGCACGAGCAGCAUACGGCGUUAGGUUGGCUUAAGCUAAAUCCACUGGGCCGUGUGAGACUCUAAAUCACCAGCCAGUCAAAGAGAAAUGAAGAGAAAUUAAGGCUGAGAUGUGCGUUAUGGAGAAUGGGAAGGUUCCAGGAAUACUUUUCCUCUGUGGUCAACAGACUCAGAGCCACGUUGUCCACUCCCAAACACCUUCUAAAUCAGUGGUAUUCAAAGUCGGGAAUCUGGAUUGGCAGCAAUUAGUUUUUUUCUUUUGAUGUUGGCUCCGCACCAUUGAGGCUUCAAGUUCAUCAAAUGUUCUUUUAGAGUGGAACUGUUGAACUGUUGUGCAUCUCUAGUCUACUGCGUUGAUGUAGCAUACUGUGUGUGUGUGGUCAAGACAAACCUGAUCUGACCACAGUCGAGUUUAGCAAUUCUAAUUGGUUUGUUUUCUGAUUGCAGGGCAGAGCCUAGGUUAUGGGUUUGUGAAUUACGUGGACCCGAAAGAUGCAGAAAAAGCCAUCAACACAUUAAAUGGCCUGAGACUUCAGACCAAAACCAUUAAGGUAAGCAAGCACUCACCGAUCCCUCAAGUAUCACAUGAGUGUUCAUUCAAUUCUCCACCAUGAUGGAAUUUUAACCUGUUAACUUUAUUGUAUUCUGUUGUUCUAUUCUAAAGAUUUUCUGUUCUAUUGUUAUUCUGUUCCUGUUCUAUUGUUGUUCUGUUCUAUUGUUCUGUUCUGUUGUUAUGUUCUGGUUCUGUUCUAUUGUAAUUCUUAUUAUGUUGUUCUAUUCUAAGGCAUUUCCAAUUUCCAUACACUUAGUAUCCAGUGGCUAAAUGGACCAUUGCAUGGUAAUUGUGUGCUGUCCAAAUGUUCUAACUUCCUGUUUGAUAUUAAGUAGAGUCAUUGUGAAGCGGAGAGGGGAGCCUGUAAUAAGUGUAGCUAAGUAGAGCAGAGCUGUUUCUAUGGUUGCAUGUGCUGCCGUAACGCGCCUGUGUGAUGCCGGUACAGGGAGGUGGCUCGCUUAUUGGUAUUCAUCUGGCAGAGCCGGUAUCGAUGUGCUGGAGAAACUCAUUUGCUUCAUACAGUGCGUCAGGACCUGUGAACGCUGGGGCUGAGUUUAUUGGAUGUGAUUUUCCACGGUGCAUACACUGGCCUGAUCCAACAGGGGGAGAAAAUGUCCACUUGUGAAAAAUGUAUUCUGCGUCUCUAAACAUCUCCCCCCGCCCCCCAAACCUCUGAAAUAGGGCACGGUUAUUCAAAUAUACAAACGGAUGUUAGGCUAUUUACUUUUCUCCAUGCGGCGUGUAGUUUGUUGGUAUUGUCGGCCAGUAAGUGGCGCGCGACGUGAAGUGGGAGAUCUCUAAUUUGAUGCUGAAUGGAAUUAAAAUGACUGAUUAAAUUAGCAAAAUGAGGAGUAGGCUACAACGCGCAACCAACAGGUAGGCUGUUUUAAUCUGAAUGGAGUUGUUUUUAGAUGAAGGGCGCAGCAAAAGCAAAACCGCCUCAACUAGCCUAGCUGGCUAGCUAACGUAGCUCUUUACAUCUAUUUGUUGCCGUGAAGACAGGCACUGACAGAUCGGUUCAUAGACAACCUAUGGUAGCUACAGGUCUAACUAGCUUAGCUCAGUGGCUCUCUCUCUCCUAUGCCUCACGUCACACACCAGCCCCUGCUAAUCCUCCGCCCUGCAGUCGGCGCGCACCUUUUCUCCGGAGUCGCCCAGGCUGCGCAGCAAGCAAGUGUCAAAGUUGAAAGUUACAAUCUGGAUAUCCCCAAAAAACUAUGGCAAUUAUUUUGAAUACUCUUCCCUACUCUGAAAUUAGAACACUGUCAUUAAUAUGGAGUUGGUCUCCCUUUUGCUGCUAUAACAGUCUCUACUCUUCUGGGGAGGUUUUCCACUAGAUGUUGGGACUUCCUUCCAUUCAGCCAGUGAGGUGGGGCACUGAUGUUGGGCGAUUAGGCCUGGCUCGCAGUCGGCGUUCCAAUUCAUCCCAAAGGUGUUCGAUGGGGUUGAGGUCAGGGCUCUGUGCAGGGCAGUCAAGUUCUUCCACACCGAUCUCGACAAACCAUUUCUGUAUGGACCUCGCUUUGUGCUCGGGGGCGUUGUCAUGCUGAAACAGGAAAGGGCCUUCCCCGAACUGUUGCCCAAAGCACAGAAUCGUCUAGAAUGUCAUCGUAUGCUGUAGCGUUAAUAUUUCCCUUCACUGGAACUAAGUGGCCUAGCCCGAACCAUGAAAAACAGCCCCAGACCAUUAUUCCUCCUCCACCAAACUUUACAGUUGGCACUAUGCAUUGAGGCAGGUAGCGUUCUCCUGGCAUCCGCCAAACCCAGACUUGUCCGUCGGACUGCCAGAUGAAGCGUGAUUCAUCACUCCAGAGAACGAGUUUCCACUGCUCCAGAGUCCAAUGGCGGCGAGCUUUACACCACUCCAGCCGACGCUUGGCAUUGCGCAUGGCGAUCUUAGGCUUGUGUGCAGAUGCUCGGCCAUGGAAACCCAUUUCAUGAAGCUCCCGACGAACAGUUCUUGUGCUGACGUUGCUUCCAGAGGCAGUUUCCACUUCACAAUAACAGCACUUGACCGCGGUAGCUCUAGCAGGGCAGACAUCUGACAAACUGACUUGUUGGAAAGGUGGCAUCCAAUGACGGUGCCACGUUGAAAGUCACUGAUUUGAAGGGGUGUCCACAUACUUUUGUAUAUCGUGUGUGAGUGUGUUAUAUAUCACCUGAAAUUCUCCAGCUGCUCUUUCAGAAGUAAAACCAAAAAAAAACGUGAGCCAGAAGAAUAUACUUUGCAUCAAAUGCAGUGAGACUGGGGGAGGAAGGGAUGGGAGGGGGGUUCCUAUUUGGAGGUGUAAUUGGACUGGGUGAAUUUUAUUGAUCCAAUCCAUUGGGCCAGAUUGCGGAGCGGGUCUUGGUAGAGGACCAUUUAGCGGGUUUGACACUAAUGAAUUACGGCCGCGGUGCACACUCCAAAACACAGACCUGUCACACACACACAGACCUGUCACACACACAUUUACAUUUUGGUCAUUUAGCAGACGCUGUUAUCCAGAGCGACUUAGUUAGUGAGUGCAUACAUAUUAUUAUUAUUAUUAUAUAUAUUUUUUCUCAUACUGGCCCCCCGUGGGAAUCGAACCAACCAUCCUGGCGUUGCAAGCGCCAUGCUCUACCAACUGAGCUACACGGGGCCCAUACACACACACACAGACCUGUCUCACACACAGACCUGUCUCACACACAGACCUGUCACACACACAGACCACACACAGACCUGUAAUAAUAUAAUAAUAAUAAUAAUAAUAUGCCAUUUAGCAGACGCUUUUAUCCAAAGCGACUUACAGUCAUGCUUGCAUACAUUUUUUUUUUUGUGUAUGGGUGGUCCCGGGGAUCGAACCCACUACCUUGGCGUUACAAGCGCUGUGCUCUACCAGCUGAGCUACUGAGGACCUGUCUCCGCCACGAGGCAAAGGGAGGAGCAGAACACAGCAGCCCACGCUCCUCUCAACGCUGUCCCCACCACUGUCCCCACGCUGUCCCCACGCUGCUCCACACGCUGUCCCCACGCUGCUCCACAUGCUGUCCCCACCACUGUCCCCACCACUGUCCCCACGCUGCUCCCCACGCUGUCCCCACGCUGUCCCCACGCUGCUCCCCACGCUGUCCCACCACUGUCCCCACGCUGCUCCCCACGCUGUCCCCACGCUGCUCCCCACGCUGUCCCCACGCUGCUCCCACACUGCUCCCCACGCUGUCCCCACGCUGCUCCCCACGCUGUCCCCACGCUGCUCCACACACUGCUCCCCACGCUGUCCCCACGCUGCUCCCCACGCUGUCUCCACGCUGUCCCCACGCUGUCCCCACGCUAACUCCACACGCCUAAACUCUCACUUUGUGUGUGCGUGCCUGCAUUGAAGGAUGGUAUCCUCAGAAAACGAAUUGUUAAGAGGUGUGAUGUAUUUAUCUUCAGUUCUAGUAGACUAUCUGGUACCCUCCUGUUUUCUAUUACGUGGAGGGGGGGGAACAAAUGUUGAUUUCUGACUAAGCUGGAGAAGUUAGUUUGGUCCCAGUGUUGAAGGCGAAACACACCUUUUGUGUGCAGAAUAACUUGGAUGGGUGCAUGCAUAUAAUUGCUAUUUGAAGUUGGGAAGAUGGCAGCGAUGCUCUACGAUAGUGAAAGAGAAUCAUACUUGUUUCAUUGAAGUAAGAAUGUAAAUUGUCCUGGUACAGGUAACUGCCAGAAAUAAGGAAACACCAACCUAGUGUCUUUUAGUAGGGCGUUUGGGCCACCAGAACCACUUCAAUGCAGCUCGGCAUAUAUUCUACAAGUGUCUGGAAACUCUAUUGGUGGGAUGCGACACCAUUCUUCAGGCGCCACUCCAGAAUCUCCCUGCCCCCCCCCCCCCCCCUCCCCUCCUAUGUGAGGGUCCACCCCCUACCAUACACAACCCAGCCAUGUCAGACCCAGCUACCCUGCCUAUGGAAGGUGAAUAACAAACUGAGCUUACACAACAUACAGAAUGGACCUGUGUGAGAUCUGGCUUGAAUGGACCAUAUACAGGUAACUGCCAAAGUUUCUUAAUAGGGCGUUGGGCCCACUGAGCCAGAACUGCGUCAUGUCGCCUUGGCGUAGAUUCUACAAGCAACGCAGUUCUUCAUUUGGUGUUUUUUGUUGAUGGUUGUGGAGAACGCCGUCUCAGGCGUCGCUCCAGAAUCUCCAAUAAACGUUCAAUUGGGUUGAGAUCUGUUGACUGAGACUGCCGUGGCAUAUGGUUUACAUCAUUUUCAUGCUCAUCAAACCAUUGAGACCACUCGUGCCCUGUGGACGGGGGCAUUGUCAUCAUAUGGGGGCAUAGCCAUGGUAGCCAAAAUAAUGGCCUGCCCAGCAUUUUUAUACAUGACCCUAAGCAUGAUGGGAUGUUAAUUGCUUCAUUAAAAAUAAAUAAAUUGGUCAUUUAGCAGACGCUCUUAUCCAGAGCGACUUACAGGAGCAAUUUAGGGUUAAGUGCCUUGCUCAAGGGCACAUCGCCAGAUUUUUCACCUGGUCGGCUCGGGGAUUAGAACCAGCGACCUUUCGGUUACUGGCAGGAACCACACCUGUGUGGAACCACCUGCUUUCAAUAUACUUUGUAUCCCUCGUACUCAAGUGUUUCCAUUAUUUUGGUAGUUACCUGUUUGUGUGUGUGUGUGUGUAGAUGUGUGUGGAAGAAUGUCACAAGGAUGAUGCAAUUUAGACAGCUUUUUUUUUUUGUUGAAAUGGGUCAACAACAAAAAAAAUGUUAUCUCAAAAUGAAUUCAAUCAAGUGAUCGAAUACGAACAUCCCUUUCGGAGAUUCGAAUAACCGUGCCCAUCCCCUAAUACCAACCCACAUUUAUUUUUAUCCCUCAGUGGGCUUGUUUGAUAUAAAAAGUAUUUAAGUGUCUACCCUACAAAAAGGUCUGGAACCAAACUAAGCCUGGAACCUGAAAUGUUACGUGUUCAGACACAGCCUUGUGUUUUGAAACAUUCCAGAAGCCAUCAUGGAGACCCCGAGACUCGUGAAUAUGGAUUUCCGCAUGAUUGUGGCAUUUUAUUUAUUUUUAACUAAAUCAACAACUUGUUCAGAGCACUGGAUGUUUAUCAUUGAAUUCACAGCCUUUGAUUGGCCCUGCACUCGUUAGACAUAACAAACACGGGGGGGUCUUGGGAUUUCACCUCUCGUUUCUCCACUGCUGGUAAUGUGAAGGCUGUCGCCACCGUUUCUGUGAGGGCACUAGUGGCAUUCUUCAGUGUGAACUGUCAUUUGGUGUGUUUAAGAGGACGCUAACCAGUCUCUCGUAAUUGCUUCCGCUCUAGGUUUCCUACGCUCGUCCAAGCUCAGCCUCCAUUAGAGAUGCAAAUCUGUACGUCAGUGGCUUGCCAAAAACCAUGACUCAGAAAGAACUGGAGCAGCUCUUCUCUCAGUACGGACGAAUCAUUACCUCACGCAUUCUGGUGGACCAGGUGACCGGUGAGUAGGAAGCCCCCCACUCGCUGUCUUUGUCUUACCCCCCCCUCCCCCCCCCACCGCUGGCCAGGCCUCAGGAAUGAAUCUGUGGUCCCAACAUGCAGCCUUUCAUAAAUCUACAUUAGCAAUAGAAUGAAAUGUUAUUCAUUCUGGCUCUCCAUCCCUCCUUAUAACCCCCCGAAGGUGUAGCUGUAAUACGUUUUCAUGGCAAGAAAUAAAAUAAAUGUACAACUGUUUUAUAAUCUCCAUUUCCAAACUGCCAUGUGGAAAUGGAAUCCGUAUGCUCCUUAUGAAAUGGUAAUAAACAGAAUCUCUCUCGUGGAGCCAUUUCCCACCUCUCUGCUGCAGAAAUUUACCAUGUUCAGUCAAAGAUUAGGGACAAGGCUUUCAUAUGUAAUUUGUUGCCAGUGCAAUUUGGGGGUGUUGUGUUCAAAACGUGACUACAGACCAAGUCUACCUACUCAUAUAUAUUCAGUGGGUUUUCGAGAAGGGGAUCUUAUUCAUGCUUCCCCGUCUGCAAAUAUGUUGAAUCUGUUUAGCUUAUUGACUAAAUGGAUAUCAUUUCCUUGUGGGGUUUUGUGAUUUUGAAAAAUAACUACAUUUCUAAGAUCCGUUGUAGGCUUGACGGUUCGAUGACCGAGGUUUCUGUUAUGCAGCUUCAUUUCUUAGUAUUAUUGACAAUAAACCAGCAGUGUUUCUUAUUCUUGGUGUUGGGGACCCAAAGGGUCACUAGAAACUAGCGUCCUGUCCAGGGGGGGGAUCUAUUUGAAGGUCAAGCUGCCUCACGCUAUAGAAACGGAUCGAUGAGCAGUUCUGGCUCGAACAAGACUAUAUAUAAUGACGUGUAGCAAGUCACUGAGCUUCUAAACAUGAUGCUUGUGGUCCCCAGGUGUCUCCAGAGGGGUGGGUUUUAUCCGUUUUGACCGGCGAAUCGAAGCGGAGGAAGCCAUCAAGGGCCUGAACGGCCAGAAGCCGCCGGGCGCCACAGAGCCCAUCACGGUGAAGUUUGCCAACAACCCCAGCCAGAAGACCAGCCAGGCCCUGCUCUCUCAGCUGUACCAGUCGCCCAAUCGAAGGUACCCCGGACCCCUUGCACAGCAGGCACAGCGCUUCAGGUAAAGGGGCACACCUAAAACAAACCUACCCACCGCAUUCUGAUUAGCGCUAAGCCAAGUCAUAGCCUACCUAUAAAGACAUGAAAUCAAUUUAUUCCUCAUAGGUGAAGGAGGAGAAAAAAAUUAUAAUAAAGGCAUUUGAAUUGUCUCGCUUAACAGUGGAAUACUGUAGGCUACAUGACACGACAACUUAUCAAAACAUCCAGAGUUAUUCAAAAUAAUUUACGCUAUUCACACUUAAACCAUAUUUGCACUUUGCUGUGUUCCACCUGUUGCAAGUAUCUAGUCUUGUUGAAGUUGAACGUAGGUUUGAGGGAUUUUGGGAGUUGUAUUGUGGUCAUUUAAAACACUUGACUGUUUGAAAACCCCCUGAGAAAAAGGCAAACCAACAAAUAGGCUUUAUGAUCUGUAUUGCCACCCUUCCUAUUGCUGCUGAAUGACUUCUUAUUGAGCUGUCCAAAUUGACUGUACCGUAUGAUUUGAUUUUUGGCACUCUUAGUGUAAGGAAUUUAGUGUAUUCUAUCUCAUGUAAGCUGAAUAUUUAUUAAAGGUCCGAUGCAGCCGUUUUUAUCUCCAAUAUCAAAUCAUUUCUGGGUAACGAUUAAAGUACCUUACUGUGUGAUUUUUGUUUUCAAUUAAAGUGGUAAAAAAUAAACCGCUUCUUUAGCAUUUAGCUAGGACUGUCUGGGAGUGGUCUGAGCGGGGAGGGGAAAACAGAACAUUUGCUCUCAUUAGCAGAGGUUUGGAAGUCUCCUAUUGGUCUAUUAUCUAAUUUACUGAAUGGUGAUGUCACCAUGGAAGGCCAAAACUCCACCCCACCAAAAAAGGCUGAAAUUUCAGGCGGUAUGUUCAAACAACUCUUAAACUAAAAAGGCAAAUAUAGAUAGAUAGAUAGAGAGAUAGAUAGAUAGAUAUCACACAAACAGGAAAAUCACAUUUGACUGCACUGGGCCAUUAACCAUACUUUUCUUCCCUAGUGACUCAAUUUUUAUUUGCCUUUUUUGAUGAAUGUGGGUGCACUUGUAGUUAAUGGCUUUGUAUUCCUUUUCGUUAUUCUUGUUGACCAUAUAAUGGUCCUUCACAUCGACAUUAGUGUGACAAUACCACACAAUGUAAACAAUGUUAUUUGGGUGAUUUUUUUUUUUUUUUUUUCCUGGGGAUUUCCAGCUCGCGUUUUUGUCUCUGAAAACAUAUGCGCAUUGGCAUCUUUUUAUGAAUGCGUUGAACUUCAUCAAUGUUCUGCAGUAUGUGCUUCAACUGAACUCUACUUUCAUUUCAGGUUGGACAAUCUGCUAAACAUGGCAUACGGAGUCAAGAGGUAAUUCAUCUAUUACAGUUGCAGUUUUGCAUUUAGAAAAUCCUUUGGGGGGGGGGGGGGGGGGGGGGCACAUUGGGUGUUUUCCGUCCGAGAUGGGAUGUGUCAGGCCUAGAUCAUUUUUCCAUGACUAUGUUCAGCAGUGGGGGACAUGGGCUGUUCCCUAUACUGAAUAGAAUUUGAGGUUGUCAGUCAGGGAAAUAUUCGGGCAUUUGUGUAAGCCAGUGUGUAUGUCACGUGUGUGUGUGUGUGCUUGGCAGUGAGGGCUUUGGCAGUAAGUGUGUGUGUGUUAGUAGUGUGCAGGUUAGCUCUUUGUUCACCCACCCGCAAUUGCUAAUAACCCAUCCGCAACCACCCGACUAUGUAACAAAGUGAAAAUGAGGGCCGCACCCGACCAUAACCUGCUAAUAUAGGAAAUGUGCUGUUGGCUACAGUCAGAGAUGGUGGCAUUAUCUUUGACGGGGGGGUGCAGGAUUUCUUUGGCCUGAUUUUAGUAAUGCUUCCAUUUCCAAUUUCCGACGUUUUGUUAGUGGUCUUGUCUAUAAUUUAGAUUUAUGCAGCUUCUCUUCUGUCAUUUAUAUGUUGCCCUUGAAGACUAAAUAAACCCUUUAUCACCAGAAUGUCAUAAAUGAUAGAAUGAACGCUUCGAUCUAGUUGACAUCGGUAAAGUUCUGUCAUCUCUGCUUCUUUCGUGACGCAAAGACGUUUAGGGACCGGGAAGAAAAUGCAAGAACUCAAUUUAUUUUCCAAAUGACGACAGUUUGACCGGUUGUAAGGACGUGGAAAGCUUUGAAAACGACCCAACAUGUUUGGGGCUUGGAUACAUAUUUUAUGUGGUUGAUAUACUGUCAGCUUUUAUGAUGCUGAUCCUCUAUAUACAGACGGUAUCGAACUGCGCAUUCAAAAUGCUGAAAGAAAGAAACAAUAUUUAUCCACUCCUGUUCCCGAGUCCAAAACAUUUGGUGUAUAAUUUUACUGCAAGAAAUUUUUAAUUCUGCAGGAGUUAAUAUUAAGGCUAUGUGAGAGGAUGUAGACCUACAGUCAGUGUCCAGAGUUCAGUUUCCACUUAACCCAUCUGAACAGUAGGCUGCAGUUCCCUUGAGUAUUUGAAGUUCCCAUCUUGGCACUGCUAUCCUCCUCUUUUUACCACUUAAAAUCUUUCCCAUGACUGUUUCUGGACCUCCCUUCUCUUUUAUUUUCAGCUCUCCAUUUCACAGUUUUCCUCUUAUUGGAUUAAACUCCAACACUGUCCUUUUUGCCUUUAUGGAUAGACGGUCACUUUUUUUUUUUUUUUUUUGCCCGUUCCCAAAAGCAAUUGGUGUUUGUAGGCUAUUGGGCAUACAGUUAGUCCCUAAAGUACAGGCUGACUCACUAAUACCAUAUAGACUACAAUAAUGUAACCUCAAUGUAGCCUACAGAUAGAAAUUGCACAAGAACGAGACAUUUAAGGAUGUUUUUAAGGUAUUUUCUCUUUAUUCAACCCGCGCAUCCCUAGUGUGUGUGUGUGUGUGUGUGAAGGAGAGAGGGUCAGGGGCAAACAUGCUGCUGGGCUCUGAGGCUGAUUCACGCUGGCAGGAGAAAGGCCAGUGACAGGUCACAUGUCAGACAGUGAGUUCCUACCUGAUCCUAAAAGCACUCUUUCUCCCUCGCUCUGUCUCCCCCUCUUUCUCACUCUGCUUUCUCGCGCUCCGCCUCUCUCGCGCUCCGCCUCUCUCGCUCGCUCUCCGCCCCCCUCGCUCGCUCUCCGCCCCCCUCGCUCGCUCUCCGCCCCCCUCGCUCGCUCUCCGCCUCGCGCUCCGCCCCCCUCGCUCGCUCUCCGCCCCCCUCGCUCGCGCUCCGCCCCCCUCGCUCGCUCUCCGCCUCUCUCUCUCACUCGCUCUCCGCCUCGCGCUCCGCCCCCCUCGCUCGCUCUCCGCCCCCCUCGCUCGCUCUCCGCCUCUCUCUCUCGCGCUCCGCCACAUCUCUCAUUUUGUCAUGUGAGAUCUGACUGGCAGUUUUAGUUUUUAGUAACCGUCACAAUAGAGUUAAUGUAUUGACCGUAAAGCAGUGUCUGUCCACAGACCUUGAAUGAAUACUGCUUUUCCUUGUAGUUCUCAGUGUGCUCUGUCAAACCUUGUUUUAGUUUUUACCUUGAUCCAUUAUUGACAAUCGUGUCCCGUUUUUUAAACAACCGAGACUGCAGUGUCAGCCGCCUUUCAGGUACUUGACUCCAGUAUGGCAUUUAGUUUGAGCUUUAAUUUCACACACUGCCUUCCUGAAGCCUGAUUCAAGUUCAAAUCACACUCUGCCUGAUUUUGAAGUUCAAUCCUUCAAAAGGCUCUCCUUUCCUUCACUGGUAGACUUGUGAUUUCUCACUGCUCGUGGGCUGGUGUCUUGGUUGCCAAAUCUCGUGCAGGGUCCGUGAUGUUCUGAGCACACCUGUCAUGGUGCAUGUUCCCUGAGAGGAGAACUGGAGCAGCUCAUCUCAUCUGACACCAGCUGAAAUAAUUCAUGCUCUCCUGUGCACUUUGCUUUUUGUUUCCUCAAACUGCAAAACCACAAUUGGCUAGGAGCUGGGAUUUCGGGAGACUUAAUUGUUGUCUUUGUAACCUAAAUCACAUUUCAUAUGGUGGGAUUUCCCUCCUGGUUUUUCAGGAAAUUCUUGAACUGUGCUAUUUAGGAAGUAUACCAUGUUUUGCCUAAGGUGGUCAAGUGGCAAUGAGAAAGUAGGGUUAUGGUGGUUAAUCGGUUUACCAAAAAUAAAUUUGACCCAUCAUGCUUAUCAGUCUGGGUUAAUUUGUAUAAUUUAGUGGAAUUAAAUUGGUGUGUAUUUUCAUUAGUCGUCAUGCAUUUUAUUUAUCACGUGCAGCAUACAGAGACUAGUUAGAGAGGAAUACCACCUGUCAGACGGCAUACAGAGACUAGUUAGAGGAGAGGAAUACCACCUGUCAGACGGCAUACAGAGACUAGUUAGAGAGGAAUACCACCUAUCAGACGGCAUACAGAGACUAGUUAGAGGAGAGGAAUACCACCUGUCAGAUGGCAUACAGAGACUAGUUAGAGGAGAGGAAUACCACCUGUCAGACGGCAUACAGAGACUAGUUAGAGGAGAGGAAUACCACCUGUCAGACGGCAUACAGAGACUAGUUAGAGGAGAGGAAUACCACCUGUCAGACGGCAUACAGAGACUAGUUAGAGGAGAGGAAUACCACCUGUCAGACGGCAUACAGAGACUAGUUAGAGGAGAGGAAUACCACCUGUCAGACGGCAUACAGAGACUAGUUAGAGGAGAGGAAUACCACCUGUCAGACGGCAUACAGAGACUAGUUAGAGGAGAGGAAUACCACCUGUCAGACGGCAUACAGAGACUAGUUAGAGGAGAGGAAUACCACCUGUCAGACGGCAUACAGAGACUAGUUAGAGGAGAGGAAUACCACCUGUCAGACGGCAUACAGAGACUAGUUAGAGGAGAGGAAUACCACCUGUCAGACGGCAUACAGAGACUAGUUAGAGGAGAGGAAUACCACCUGUCAGACGGCAUACAGAGACUAGUUAGAGGAGAGGAAUACCACCUGUCAGACGGCAUACAGAGACUAGUUAGAGGAGAGGAAUACCACCUGUCAGACGGCAUACAGAGACUAGUUAGAGGAGAGGAAUACCACCUGUCAGACGGCAUACAGAGACUAGUUAGAGGAGAGGAAUACCACCUGUCAGACGGCAUACAGAGACUAGUUAGAGGAGAGGAAUACCACCUGUCAGACGGCAUACAGAGACUAGUUAGAGGAGAGGAAUACCACCUGUCAGACGGCAUACAGAGACUAGUUAGAGGAGAGGAAUACCACCUGUCAGACGGCAUACAGAGACUAGUUAGAGGAGAGGAAUACCACCUGUCAGACGGCAUACAGAGACUAGUUAGAGGAGAGGAAUACCACCUGUCAGACGGCAUACAGAGACUAGUUAGAGGAGAGGAAUACCACCUGUCAGACGGCAUACAGAGACUAGUUAGAGGAGAGGAAUACCACCUGUCAGACGGCAUACAGAGACUAGUUAGAGGAGAGGAAUACCACCUGUCAGACGGCAUACAGAGACUAGUUAGAGGAGAGGAAUACCACCUGUCAGACGCAUACAGAGACUAGUUAGAGGAGAGGAAUACCACCUGUCAGACGGCAUACAGAGACUAGUUAGAGGAGAGGAAUACCACCUGUCAGACGGCAUACAGAGACUAGUUAGAGGAGAGGAAUACCACCUGUCAGACGGCAUACAGAGACUAGUUAGAGGAGAGGAAUACCACCUGUCAGACGGCAUACAGAGACUAGUUAGGGAGAGGAAUACCACCUGUCACGACGGCAUACAGCGACUAGUUAGAGGAGAGGGAAGACCACCUGUCAGACGGCAUACAGAGGAUAGUUAGAGGAGAGGAAUACCACCCUGUCAGACGGCAUACAGAGACUAGUUAGAGGAGAGGAAUACCACCUGUCAGACGGCAUACAGAGACUAGUUAGAGGAGAGGGAAUACCACCUGGUCAGACGGCAUACAGAGACUAGUUAGAGGAGAGGAAUACCACCUGUCAGACGGGCAAUACGAGACUAGUUAGAGGAGUAGGAUACCCACACUGUCAGAAGCAUUACAGGACUAGUUAGAGGAGAGGAAUACCACAUGUCAGACGGCAUACAGAGGACUAGUUAGAGGAGAGGAAUACCCCACCGGUCAGACGGCAUACAGAGGACUAGUUAGAGGAGAGGAAUACCACCUGUCAGACGGCCAUACAGAGAUAGUUAGAGGAGAGGAAUACCACCUGUCGACGGCAUACAGAGACUAGUUAGAGGAGAGGAUACCACCUGUCAGACGGCAUACAGAGACUAGUUAGGGAGGAGGAAUACCACCUGUCAGACGCAUACAGAGACUAGUUAGAGGAGAGGAAUACCACCUGUCAGACGGCAUACAGAGACUAGUUAGGGAGAGGAAUACCACCUGUCAGACGGCAUACAGAGACUAGUUAGAGGAGAGGAAUACCACCUGUCAGACGGCAUACAGAGACUAGUUAGAGGAGAGGAAUACCACCUGUCAGACGGCAUACAGAGACUAGUUAGAGGAGAGGAAUACCACCUGUCAGACGGCAUACAGAGACUAGUUAGAGGAGAGGAAUACCACCUGUCAGACGGCAUACAGAGACUAGUUAGAGGAGAGGAAUACCACCUGUCAGACGGCAUACAGAGACUAGUUAGAGGAGAGGAAUACCACCUGUCAGACGGCAUACAGAGACUAGUUAGAGGAGAGGAAUACCACCUGUCAGACGGCAUACAGAGACUAGUUAGAGGAGAGGAAUACCACCUGUCAGACGGCAUACAGAGACUAGUUAGAGGAGAGGAAUACCACCUGUCAGACGGCAUACAGAGACUAGUUAGAGGAGAGGAAUACCACCUGUCAGACGGCAUAGAGAGACUAGUUAGAGGAGAGGAAUACCACCUGUCAGACGGCAUACAGAGACUAGUUAGAGGAGAGGAAUACCACCUGUCUGACGGCAUACAGAGACUAGUUAGAGAGGAAUAUCACCUGUCAGACGGCAUACAGAGACUAGUUAGAGAGGAAUACCACCUGUCUGACGGCAUACAGAGACUAGUUAGAGAGGAAUACCACCUGUCAGACGGCAUACAGAGACUAGUUAGAGGAGAGGAAUACCACCUGUCAGACGGCAUACAGAGGCUAGUUAGAGGAGAGGAAUAACACCUGUCAGACGGCAUACAGAGACUAGUUAGAGGAGAGGAAUACCACCUGUCAGACGGCAUACAGAGACUAGUUAGAGAGGAAUACCACCUGUCAGACAGCAUACAGAGACUAGUUAGAGGAGAGGAAUACCACCUGUCAGACAGCAUACAGAGACUAGUUAGAGAGGAAUACCACCUGUCAGACGGCAUACAGAGACUAGUUAGAGGAGAGGAAUACCACCUGUCAGACGGCAUACAGAGACUAGUUAGAGGAGAGGAAUACCACCUGUCUGACGGCAUACAGAGACUAGUUAGAGGAGAGGAAUACCACCUGUCAGACAGCAUACAGAGACUAGUUAGAGGAGAGGAAUACCACCUGUCUGACGGCAUACAGAGACUAGUUAGAGGAGAGGAAUACCACCUGUCAGACGGCAUACAGAGACUAGUUAGAGAGGAAUACCAUCUGUCUGACGGCAUACAGAGACUAGUUAGAGGAGAGGAAUACCACCUGUCAGACAGCAUACAGAGACUAGUUAGAGGAGAGGAAUACCACCUGUCAGACAGCAUACAGAGACUAGUUAGAGGAGAGGAAUACCACCUGUCAGACAGCAUACAGAGACUAGUUAGAGGAGAGGAAUACCACCUGUCAGACAGCAUACAGAGACUAGUUAGAGGAGAGGAAUACCACCUGUCUGACGGCAUACAGAGACUAGUUAGAGGAGAGGAAUACCACCUGUCAGACGGCAUACAGAGUAUCUCUUCUAAAAGCCUGUAGGCUACUGGAGUGAAACUUGCUUUUGUAAAGCCCAGUCAUUGCGCAACAAAUAACAAUUGUAAAUGCAAUCGCGUGUUACGAACUUUGGUGGAUUUAAAGGAGCUAUUUUAAUUUUUCAGUCUCAACUCAUAAUUAAAUCACGCCUCCCAUUCAGGUGCAUAGGGUUGUAACCAUAGCUUGCCUACCGUUGACUAUCAGUGAAUCACCCACAGCUUGACGACUUUGCAAUGUGAGCUUGAGGCAGUAUAACGUAAUGUGAGCUUGAGGCAGUAUAACGUAAUGUGAGCUUGAGGCAGUAUAACGUAAUGUGAGCUUGAGGCAGUAUAACGUAAUGUGAGCUUGAGGCAGUAUAACGUAAUGUGAGCUUGAGGCAGUAUAACGCAAUGUGAGCUUGAGGCAGUAUAACGUAAUGUGAGCUUGAGGCAGUAUAACGUAAUGUGAGCUUGAGGCAGUAUAACGUAAUGUGAGCUUGAGGCAGUAUAACGUAAUGUGAGCUUGAGGCAGUAUAACGUAAUGUGAGCUUGAGGCAGUAUAACGUAAUGUGCUUGAGGCAGUGUAAUUGUUUGAAACCUGAACGUUUUACUUCUCUUUAAAUAGAGGCAUGUCUGACCUUGCUUCAAAGUAGCCUAGUGAAAGUCCAUCCAUAGAAACUUGGAGGCAAUUCUUUUAUAAAGACUUCCUCAUGUCAUUAACCAGCAUUUCUCUCCUGUUCUAUUGGUUUUCAUAUCAACUUUCUUUCAUUGUCCAGAAGCCAAAGGCACAGUGCUGGUCAUAUUAGCAACACAUCAUAGUUGUUGCUAUUAGAUUCCCCCUCUUUCUAAGUUUCUAACUGAGAUUUCCAUCUCUGUCUCGUGGAAUUGCUCGCAUGUUUCUAAGCUCUUAAUGAAAAAUGUCCGGUCCGUGUAUACAUGCAUAGUAUCAGAGAGGAAGAGGCGAUGCGAGAGCUUUCACGCUCACCAGAAUCUGUCCAAAAUUUGCACAAUGGGUUUCUAUAGGCUUAUUUUGGGCCUAAGCUUGUUGCCUGCCUUCCCGCCUUGGGACGACUUCCAUUGUUAGGGCGGAAAACAUAAGCGUCUCGUCAUUAUAUACAGAUCUCUGAUAGUAUUUUCUGUUGGUCACGUCAUUUUACUGUUUGGAAAAUGUUUUACUGUUUGUUGACCGGUUAAUGAGGGUCAGUUAGUCGGCAGCAAGAUUUACCGAAAUGUGCAUCCCUAAAUAGGGUACAUUGUUUGGUUUUGUUUCAAACUUAAUGUAGUCAUAAUCAUGCAGUUGAAAGUGAUUUUGUCAUCAGUUUUUGUGCAGUUAGAUAAACCUAAAAGCUUUUUAAUGAGUUCAAUGAAAAGUCACUGAAACGCAGCACUGUAUUUCAUGACAUUUAAUACUGUCAGCACCUUCAGUGAUGGGUUUUUGUUUUGACCUGUGCUUGUCUUCUUGUUUUACAGCCGGUUCUCCCCCAUGGCCAUUGAUGGGGUGACCAGUCUGGCUGGCAUCAACAUCCCGGGGCAUGCGGGCACCGGCUGGUGCAUCUUCGUCUAUAACCUGGCUCCGGACGCAGACGAGAGCAUUCUGUGGCAGAUGUUUGGGCCGUUUGGCGCCGUCACAAACGUCAAGGUCAUCCGGGACUUCAACACAAACAAGUGCAAAGGGUUCGGAUUUGUCACCAUGACUAACUACGACGAGGCAGCCAUGGCCAUCGCCAGCUUGAACGGAUACCGCCUCGGGGACAGAGUUCUGCAAGUCUCGUUCAAAACCAACAAAACGCACAAAGCC